CAGUAACAGUGCCUGGUACGACAUGGGAGACCUAAACAUCAGCCACAUGGCAGCAGCUUCUACAGAGAUGCAGGAGAGUCACCCAGAGGGCAAGUUGGAUCAUUAUCUGGACAGCUAUGAUAUGGACUAUGGCAUUCCUCCCGAUGAGAUCCCAGACACCACGCAAGGUCAGGCCUUCUUCGUGGCCACCAUUGUUAUCGGCGUGGUCCUCGUCUGCAUCGUGCUUGUUUGUGGGUUGGGAAACUUUAUAUUUAUCGCCACACUGACGCGCUACAAAAAGCUCCGCAACCUCACCAACCUGCUCAUCGCUAACCUGGCCAUCUCGGACUUCAUUGUGGCGGUGGUGUGCUGCCCGUUCCUGGUGGACUACUACGUGGUCAAACAGCUUUCCUGGGAUCACGGAUUGGUGCUGUGCGCCUCUGUGAACUACCUCCGGACUGUGUCGCUCUAUGUGUCUACAAACGCGUUGCUUGCCAUUGCAGUUGACAGGUACAUGGCCAUAGUCCAUCCUCUGAGGCCUCGCAUGAAGUAUCAAACUGCCUACUGCCUGAUAACAGGCGUCUGGAUUGUUCCUAUUCUGAUAUCUAUUCCAUCUGCCUACUUUGCUUCUGAGACCAUGUACCCACAUGGCGGGAGCAGCCCAACGACCCACAAAGUCUUCUGUGCCCAGAUAUGGCCUGUGGACCAGCAAGCCUACUACCGCUCCUACUUCCUGUUUGUUUUUGCUGUAGAGUUUGUCGGACCUGUGAUCGUCAUGGCAAUGUGUUAUGCCCGAAUUUCCCGUGAGCUCUGGUUCAAAAGUGUCCCAGGUUUCCAGACGGAGCAGAUAAGGAAGAGGUUGCGUUGUCGCCGAAAGACGGUGAUGGUCCUAAUCGGUAUCUUGACGGCGUACAUCCUGUGCUGGGCGCCGUACUACGGCUUCACCAUCCUGCGAGACUUUCAUCCAACGCUCAUCUCCCGCCAGAAGAACUCUUUGGUGGCCUUCUACAUUAUUGAGUGCAUCGCCAUGAGCAACAGCAUGAUUAACACCUUUUGUUUUGUCAGCGUCAAGAACAAUACAGUUAAGUACCUGAAGAAGAUUGUCCUGCUGCGCUGGAGGUCAACGUACGCCCCCAGUAAGACUGUGGAUGAAAUGGAUAUGAGGACCUCCUGUGUGCCUGUAACAGAGGAGAUUGAAUGUAUUCACUUGAGGUGA